AUGACUUUUGAACUUGAGCCGUUAGAUAUAGAAAAAGAUUAUGAGUUUUCAAAGGCUAUGCACGGGUCGGAUGCUAAAAGCAAACAUGGGAUCUGUGCUUUAUUCAACAAGAAUAGAGAUGCUCAAAAAGUUGCAUUUGAUUCGUAUUUUGGAUUUUGGGGCGACAAGUAUCUUGAUAAGAAGGAUGGUGUUCAUCAACAAAAUCGUUUUAAGGGUUAUGCUACGCUUACUCGUCAUUAUUAUAAUCUUGUGACGGAUUUAUAUGAGUAUGGAUGGUCUCCGUCCUUUCAUUUUUGCCGGUUUUCAAGAGGCGAGUCGUUUUCUAAAGCUAUUGCGCGACAUGAACAUUAUCUUGCUUCUCAUGCUGGAAUACGUGAAGGCGAAACGGUUUUAGAUAUUGGAUCUGGAGUAGGUGGUCCAGCGCUUGAGAUAUCUGUUUUCACGGGUGCAAAUAUUGUAGGGAUAAACAAUAACGAUUAUCAAAUUGAGCGUGCACAGUUUUAUGCACAGAAAAAGGGGUUGUCUGAUAAAUUAAGUUUUGUUAAAGGGGACUUUAUGCAGAUGCCUUUUUCUGAUAAUUAUUUUGAUAAAGUAUAUUCUAUUGAGGCUACUGUUCAUGCACCUUCUUUAGAAGGAGUUUAUGGUGAAGCUUUCCGAGUUCUUAAGCCUGGCGGUAUUUUUGCUCUUUAUGAAUGGGUUUUGCUUGAUAAAUAUGACGAAACUAACCCCGAACAUCGGAAAAUUGUCUAUGGGAUUGAGAUUGGUGAUUCUAUUCCUAAAAUGUUUAAAGUUAGUGAGUCCGAAGCUGCUUUAAGGAAGGUGGGGUUUGAAAUUAUUCAUUCAGAAGAGCUUUCUACAAAAAAUAAUGAAAUUCCAUGGUAUUAUCUUCUCGAUACUGAUUUCAGGAAAGUUAGAUCUCUUUGGGAUUUGUUUUCUAUUGCGCGUAUGACGUGGCUUGGGAGGUGGUUUAUUGGGUUUUUCUUAAAUCUUAUGGAGUUUAUUGGCGUUGCACCAAAAGGUUGUAAAAAAGUUAACGAUGUUUUGUUGCUUGCUGCGGAUGCUCUUGUAGAUGCUGGAAAGCAACAAAUAUUUAGUCCUAUGCAGAUGUGGGUUUGCAGGAAGCCUUUAGUUUAA